AUGUACGGCUGUAGAACAAGUGCUUUCCCUCGUCCUGUCUUUAGCGUCGUUCUUGGCCCUCUCAUGGCCAUAUUUCUACUUCGUCUAGUGAAUCUUAGUACACCAAAAGACGGAGAGAAGGGCAAUCUGAUAACUCAGUAUCCCGGCUGUGGUUAUGUUCAGGGUAUUCCUGGACGAGAUGUGUAA